AUGUCGUCCCUGAUCCGCCCGGCAUUGGCUGCCUCUGGCCGUCGCACUGUUGCUCCCCUCCGCCCAGCAUGGCGCUGCCUGCACAACAGCUCGUCGAGGACAGCAACGCCACUGCCGCACCCCAUCGCUGCUGGUCCGCCACCGCAACCCCCACAGGCCCCUGUCACCGAGACCGAAGACCGCGUCGCUCGCAAGAGACAGCAGGCUGCUCUUCUGGCAAGACAGGCCCAGAUCAAGGUCGAUCCCGCAAAGCCCGCAUCCGCCCUGCGCAAGCGUUUCUGGAAAGAGGCUUCGGUCAAGGAGACUCCUGGUACGCCCUGA